CCAAGGGGAGCCGGAAGGGGCGCGCGGGUCGGUUGGUAGCGGCCGGGGCGGCGGCCGUUGGCUAACUGGCCUACCAGGCUAGCUCUGGCUUCUUGCCCGGCUGCGGCCACAAUGACAAAGGAUUCACCCACCCCCUUGGGUGGUGGCCGCGCGUCGCCCAAGAAGCCAAGCAGCCCCGGCCCAGCUGCAGCAGUGCUGGAAGAGCAGAGGCGAGAGCUAGAGAAACUGCGGGCAGAGCUGGAGGCCGAGCGCGCGCGCGGCCGGGCGGAACGGCGGCGUUUCGGAGCCCAGGCGCGCCAGCUGCGGGAGUCUGCCGAGCAGGAGCGGCAGCAGCUGGCUGACCAUCUGCGCUCCAAGUGGGAGGCAAGACGCCUCCGGGAGCUGCGGCAGCUGCAGGAGGAGGUGCAGCGCGAGCGUGAGGCCGAGAUCCGGCAGCUGCUGCGCUGGAAGGAGGCAGAGCUUCGGCAGCUGCAGCAGCUGCUGCACCAGGAACGCGACGUUGUAGUGCGCCAGGCUCGGGAGCUUCAGCGCCAGCUGGCCCAGGAGCUAGUGAACCGAGGUUACUGCGGCCGCUCGGGGGCGUCCGAAGCCUCCGCGGCUCAAUGCCGCUGUCGCCUGCAGGAAGUGCUGGCAUUGCUGCGCUGGGAGACCGACGGCGAACAAGCCGCGCGCAUCCGCCACCUCCAGGCGGCACUAGACUCGGAACGCCAGCUCUUUCUUAAAUACAUCCUAGAGCACUUCCGCUGGCAGCCCGCUUUAUCUGAACCCGCGGACCCCCAAGUUGUUCAUUCCUUGGACGAGCCACCCAUAGGAGCCCAGAGUAACACUGGUGGCACCCAAAAGCCUGCUCGUCGACUCGGAUCUCUCGAAAGCCUGCGCACUGGCGCACGAGUUAGCUCUCCAGACGACCUGCUGCCCACGCGCGCCAGCUCCCUCGAAUCCUUGGCAACAGCACAUCCCUGCUCACUCGACAGCACACGGAGUUGUCCCCGGGCUCCCGAAUCAGAGCUAGGGGCCUCUUCGACCAGCGCCUCCCGCCCAGGUACCUCCAGUCCUCCGCCGCCGCCUCAGCUACCAUCAAAACAUAAAAAACCUAGUGACCUGAAGGGAGAAAGCUCUGAAAACAAGCCCUGCGAAGCCCCGACCCUCUCACCACCAGGUCAGGACUACCACGAACUGGUGAAGCAGAACUCGGAGCUGGCCGAGGCAUUGCAGGUGCUGGUUCGCCGCUGCUGUGACCUGCGCGAAGAGAACUUGCAGCUGCGAUGCACCGGCUUCUCCAAUGAGACCGAUGAGAAAGUGAAGUGGCUCAAAGUGAAGCACGCAGAGCUGACCGAUCUCGCUCAGCGCCUUGAAGACAGGGCCCGCAAACUGCAGGAGACCAACCUUCAGGCAGUGAGCGCUCCUGUGCCGGGUGAGAGCCUCGAGAGCCUAGACCUGGGCCAGGUGUUUGCCCAUCAGCGAACUCAGGACCCUUCAGAACAGGCUGAUGCGCUGCAAGCCAAGGACCUGCAGAUCGAAGCACUGAGGCGGGAGUGCCACCUGCUGCAAGCGCACAUCGCUGCGGACCUCGGCAGCUCCUCGCUUCCUGGAGAGGGCGCCACCUGCGCGCAAUGGUGCAACAUCAGUGACUUGGACCGGCUGCAGCGUGAGUCUCAGCGGGAAGUGCUGCGCCUGCAAAGACAGUUGACUCUACAUCAGAGUAAAGCCGGAGCCCGGGCAGAAGCAGGCAGCCUAAGCUCACCGUCUGAGAUAGCGCGAUACGAGGUGCAGGCCCUGGAGGAGAAGCUGGGUGCACAGCGGCGGGAAUGCGAGGAACUGAGCGCUCAGGCAGCCGCCGCAGAGCGGCGCUACGAGGAGGCAGAGGCACAACUACAGGCUGCGCUGCACAAGGGCGCCAGGCUGUCAGAGGAGAAUGCGCGGCUGCAGGCCCUGGCCAGCUGGGUGAAGAAGAUGGCAGAUGAAAACAGCAAUGUUCCCCGGCAGCAAAACCACGCGAGGCAGAGGCAGGAACUCGAAGCCACAAGUCUGCUGGCUGAGCAGCUGCUGCAACAAGCGGGAUAUGUGCAAGAUGGGUGGCAGCAGCUGCAGUACUACCAAAAUAAAGCCCCGAGUGACCUCCUGGCUUCCGGGAAAGAAAUACAGGGGUUGCAGUGUCAGCCUGGCCACCCCCUGGAGACAUCAGAGACCACCCAAGCUUCAGAGUCCCAAGCCAGGGAUAGCAGGAGGCCCAAGUUCAAGCCAAAGUCUGAAGAACAUGCAUUGUCACUGCCUACCAGGGACAUAGAACCUCCCGUUUGUCUCUCCCAGCAGGAGAACUCAGUUACCCUUGGGGAACCAGCUGGUAUCCCCCAAGUGUCAGAAAAAAAUUCUAUCAGUCAGCCUCUGGACUCCAAGCCCCAAGCCAAGAAAACCAGUUCCCAGUCAAAUUCCUCCUCCGAGGUAGAAUCCAUGUGGGCUACAGUGCCAUCUUGCCUUUCUCUGGACAUGGACACAGCAAGUGAAGUGGAUGAUUUAGAGCCAGACAGUGUGUCCUCUCCCCUGGAAAUGAGGAGCUCUGAGGCUCCCACCACUCCCAAGCUCAGGAUCUUCUUGGCUAGAUGCAGCUACAAUCCAUUUGAAGGGUCUAAGGAACAUUCUCAAGGCCAGUUACCCCUCACAGCAGGGGAUUAUGUAUAUGUCUUUGGGGACAUGGAUGAGGAUGGCUUCUAUGAAGGGGAGCUUGUGAACGGGCAGCGAGGGCUAGUGCCCUCCAACUUAGUGGAACAGAUUUCAGGAAGCCCUAUCCUGAACCACCUGCUCCCCAAGUCCCCUGACAUUUGUCCCACAGCACUACCACCUGAGCAGACCAAAGCCUUGAAGAAAGGCAGCUUAUCACUUGGGGAAUUUAAGGGAUCUCUGGAGACAGGCCUUUGUCAGGUGAGAAGGACAGACUCUAAGACAGAUGUGGCAAUAGAGAUCUUGGAAACUAAGACAGAAGCUUGCUGGCUGGGCUUGAAACCAAGCAUGGAGGAGCAAAGUGUCUCCAGACCCCUUCUGGAGGCAAAAGGCGUGUUCUGUCUGGCCCCCAUGCAACUACAGCUGCAGAAUGUCACAGCUACCUCUGCCACGAUUACAUGGGCCUCUGGCAGCAACAGAUACCCCCAUGUGGUGUACCUGGAGGAUGAAGAGCAUACCCUAACUCCCUCAGGGGUGAGCUGCUACACCUUCCAAGGACUACAUCCUGGCACACGGUACCGGGUGAGGGUGGGGGUACAGCUACCCAGGGACCUGCUCCAGGUGCUCUGGGAAACAAUGUCCUCCACUGUAACUUUUGAUACACCUUUAGCGGGCCCCCCUGACCCUCCUCUGGAUGUGCUGGUGGAGCACCAUGCUUCUCCAGGUCUCUUGGUGGUCAGCUGGCUUCCUGUGACCAUUGACUCAGCAGGGUCCUCCAAUGGAGUGCAGGUCACUGGCUACGCUGUGUAUGUGGACGGGUUCAAGGUGACAGAAGUUGCUGAUGCCACCGCUGGAAACACCCUGCUGGAAUUUUCCCAGCUUCGGGUUCCCCUAGCAUGUCAGAAGGUGUCAGUGAGAACCAUGUCACUCUAUGGGGAGUCUCUGGAUUCUGUGCCAGCUCAGAUCCCCGAGGACUGUUUUUCUUGUUACCCAUUCCUAGACACUUUUCCCUUUAGCUACAUGGAUGGUGACCCUUUGACCUGCAGAGUUAUUUCUCUGAGUACCAAGACUAGCCCCCAUACCCCUGGAAGCUGUGGGGAGCCUCAGGUUAAGUUUGUAGAAGCAUUCCCCAAAGAUCCUACAAGGAAACAUUCACCAAUAUCCAACCUGAUCUCAGAAAGGGCAGACAACCAAGUCCAGGGGCCCGCAGAGACCUGGAAGGACUAUGAAAAGGGCCUGUCUCUUCAGGAGAGUCCCCAGAACCUCAAGCCACCUCUGCCUUUUGGCCAAUCUGGGGUUGAAGAAGGCCACUCCCCACACAUGUGCAUCAAUGGAUGUCCUGCUCCAGGAUUCAUCCAUCUCUCCCCAGAGAUUGGGCCCAGGAAAGUACUGCGUUGGGAGAAGCCUGGCCUUGAGAAAGCCCUUCAAAAGCAAUAUGACCAGACACUCCCACCUCACCAGCAAGGCUCCAGCCAGCUCCCGACAGCUGACUUCCAUCAUGUUCGGGAGGAGAAGGCGGCUGUGUGUUUGGAUUCUCGGUGCACAGAGAAACUAGGGCAAAGAAAGAACAAGUUCCAAAGUGGACAAACACAGGAGACUCCAGGAGGCAAGAGAGAGUGCCAGUUUCACAAGCCUACCUCAGUGCUGUGCCCAGUGCCAACCAGCAAAGUCAUUAAGAUGGCAAGUGGUGUCCCUGAGAAGCCAGAGACAGAAGCUAACAAUCCAGUCAGGCUCUUUGUGGCCCUCUUUGAUCAUAGCCCCCUGGUGAUGCCUGUCAAUGCCAAGUCUCCAGAGGAGGAGCUGGUAUUCCAGAAAGGACAGUUGCUGAGAGUGUGGGGGUCACAGGAUCCCCAUGGCUUCUACCAUGGAGAGUGCAAUGGACGAGUGGGCAAAAUCCCUGGGCACCUGGUAGUUGAGGUGGAGGUGGGCACAGAUCAGACAGACAAGAGGCAGCCUUUGCCAGCACAAGGACAUCUACAUUCUGAGGCUCAACAUGAAGACUUGGAGGGCCUAACCAACUCCCAGGGAUCUUUGAUGUCUCAAGGGAACUCCAGAACACCCACACUGUGGACCCCAAAGACAAUGGUGGCAGCUCUGGACUAUGACCCCAGAGAUGGGAGAGUGGGGGUCCGGGCAAAGGGCAAGCUUGUGCUGAGGGCUGGAGAUGUGGUCACAGUUUAUGGGCCUGUGGAUGAUAAGGGAUUCUACUACGGUGAGUAUGGUGGACACAGGGGCCUGGUCCCAGCCCAUCUGCUGGAUGAUUUGCCUGUCCACAGAGAAUAAGCAGGACUCCAUUGUAGGGUGGUAGCCUCUGGCUGCCCACACCCCUUGGAAAGAGAAGCAAGCACGUGUACCUUCACACAUCACCCCUCCUCACCAGCCACCUUAAGCAACACUGGCUCUAGGCCAAAUCACCUGAAACUGGUAACAGUCCUCAGAUAUCCUUCUAGUGUCCAACAAAGGCAGGACUUAAAGCUGAGUUGUUUCCAAAAGAAAACUAAACCAGCCAGCCCUGAGAGUUUGAUAGGUAAUUUUAAAGACAUGAAUAACCAUGAUAGGUACUAGAAAUGCCUUUUUCUGUGGUCACUAUGUUUUCUUUAGCAGGUUAACAUUAUCCAUCCAUUGCCUUGUAUGAAAGUCUCAAGAAAAGUUGCAUCUUAAAAAGAAAAAGCAAUCAGAAUGCUAUUUUUCUAUUUUAUGUUCAACUCUCAUUAAAAUGUUCAUAGAAAAAGAGAAUACUUUGGAAGUUAAAGCAUGGCCAAGGGAGCAAGGGCAUGCCUCCUCUGCACUACUGUUUGCCCGUAGAAUGAUGGCAGAAGUCAUUUCCUGAAAGGAAAGAUACAUCCUUACCCCAGGGUGAUCCUUACUCAGGCAGGCUGAUCCGGCUAAAGAGAACUCAGAGAGGCAUAGCUGAGAGAAGUCCCUGGGCUGGGAGUCUGUAUUCUCAGGUGGAGUCAGUGUUGCUUAGCUGGGAGCCCCACUCUACACUCUAGUAAUUGCUGAUGCUCCCAUGAUGCUUUGUAAGAAUGUCCCAUGGGAAAGUAUUUCAUGCCAAACUUUACAGAAGGACCUAUGGAGACUCAAAGGAGACUGGUUAAUGUCAAGAGUCAUACACACCCCCUCCCAUGGGCUUCCCAGGGUUCUCCA